AAUGUCAACAACAAUUUUAUUCUAAUGCAGAUAUUGAUAGACUUGUAGAAGAACGAAUCGUUUUUAGAGAAAAACAAAGUCUAAAGCCAAAACAAAUAUCUCAAGUUGAUCCUAAUACUGAAGCAGUAAAACAAUUUAUAGAGAUUAUAAAGCAAGCUAAAAAAACUUUAGCUAAGAAACCUGGUCCUG